AUGUUAAAGAGACUCGUCACGACACCGGUGGUCGUGGACGGGAACUCUUUUGCUUUACAUGGCAAUAAUGUUUCCUACUGCUUCCACGCAGACGAAAGCACAGGGGACCUGCUAUCCGAUCAUUUCGGUGGUAGCGUCACUGGGCCUAUACCACCAGAUCCAACUCCGAUUGUCAACGGCUGGACUGGCAUGUUAGGUCGCGUGCGCCGUGAAUUCCCUGAUCAGGGAAGAGGGGAUUUCCGGGGCCCUGCAAUCCGCAUCCGCCAGUCUGGAGCCCACACUGUGUCGGCUCUACACUACCAACAUCAUACGGUAGUAAAGGGCAAACCUGCCUUGCCUGGGCUGCCAGCGACCUUUGGCAAUGAAGAUGAAGUUACGACUAUCGUGAUCCAUCUUUAUGACAAGUACAGCACGAUAGCUGCAGAUUUGAUGUACUCUGUUUUCCCUCGUUAUGAUGCCAUUGUGCGGAGUGUGACUGUCACAAACAAGGGCAAGGGUGCCAUUGUCAUCGAAGACUUAGCUAGUCUUAGCGUGGAUCUCCCCUUUGAGGACCUUGACAUGAUUUAUCUGCGUGGUGAAUGGGCAAGAGAAACCCAUAGGCAGAGACGAAGAAUUGAUUAUGGGCUACAAGGAUUCAGAAGUAAUACGGGAUUUUCGUCACACUCUCACAACCCAUUUCUCGCGCUUGCCCGUCCUUCAACCACCGAAAAUCAGGGUGAGACAUGGGGCUUUUCUCUUGUCUACACUGGGUCUUUUGCUGUCAACGUUGAGAAAUGCUCUCAGGGUUUGACGCGUGUUCUCAUGGGCUUUAACCCUGAUCAGUUAUCUUGGUCUUUGGGUCCUGAUGAGAGCCUUACUUCUCCAGAGUGUGUUUCAGUAUACUCAAAGGAAGGUCUCGGGGGCGUUUCACGCUCCCUACACGGCCUAUAUCGGAAUCAUCUUGUCAAGAGCAAAUUUGCGACGGAGGACCGACCCGUACUUCUCAAUAGUUGGGAAGCCCUAUAUUUCAACAUCAACAGCAGCAACCUCUACCGCAUAGCACAGGAAUCGGCUUCCCUCGGUGUGAAGCUAUUUGUUAUGGAUGACGGGUGGUUCGGCAAGGAUUACCCGCGUGUCUCUGACACAGCUGGUCUAGGUGACUGGAUUCCGAAUCCGAAACGGUUUCCGGGCGGCCUCGCCCCGUUAGUGAAGGACAUCACAGCCCUAAAAUCAGCAGUUGCGGAAUCGGACAAGUCGUCUGCCAAUCUCCGUUUUGGAAUCUGGAUCGAACCGGAAAUGAUCAAUUCGAGCUCAACCCUCUAUCAGGAGCACCCCGAAUGGGCAUUGUACGCAGAUCAAUAUCCCCGGACAGAACAACGGAACCAGUUAAUCCUCAACCUUGCGCUACCUGAAGUUCAGAAUUUCAUCAUUACCUGUGUCUCGGAUAUCCUCAGCAGUGCAGAUAUUACCUAUGUCAAGUGGGAUCAUAACAGGUGCAUGCACGAGACACCAUCUCCAACAACUCACCACGCCUAUAUGCUUGGCGUAUACCGGGUCUUCGAGACGUUGACGACCCGCUUCCCCGAUGUCCUUUGGGAAGGAUGUGCCUCCGGUGGUGGGCGCUUCGACCCUGGUGUUAUGCAGUACUUCCCGCAAAUCUGGACCUCGGACAACACCGACGCGGUAGAUCGGAUCUUUAUCCAGUUCGGUACCUCACUUGCAUACCCUGCAAGCUCUAUGUGCGGCCAUAUCUCCGCUGUCCCCAAUCAUCAGACAGGGCGAACCGUCCAAAUAGAGUUCCGAGCACACGUUGCCAUGAUGUGUGGCUCGUUUGGCUUGGAGCUUGAUCCGACUGAAUUGCACCCGGACGAAAGGGCAGUCGUACCUGAGUUGAUCGCGCUAGCAGAAAAGGUCAACCCCAUUGUGUUGACUGGUGACAUGUGGCGACUCUCUCUGCCAGAGGAGUCGGAUUGGCCAGCCAUGCUGUUUAUUUCUAAGAAUGCCUCGCAAGCAGUGUUGUUUUAUUACCAGCUUGGCUCGAAGGUAAACCAUGCCUUGUCCAGGGUGAGGUUGCAGGGUCUGGAUGCUCAGGAUAUGUACUUUGUCGACGGGGAGGGGCCCUACUCGGGUGCAAUGUUGAUGAGCAUGGGAUUGCAAUAUUGCUUUGAGACCGAUUAUGGGAGCAAGGUCGUGUUCCUGGAGAAGGACUCGUCCCAUUGA